AUGUUGUCAUCGCUGACUUCACAACCUCUGCUUUGCGCGCUUGUGUUUUGUUUCCUGUUUGCACAGCCACCAAAUUCACAACAAACAGAACUAAAACUCAUAAAACGUUAAUUGAAUUUAAUUAAAUAUGAUUGAAGAUUAAACUCGCAUUUUAAUGGACACGAACUCAAAACCCUCCGCGAGGCGAGAAAAGGAGGGUGUGAUGGCGCCCCUCAGAGGCCGAGCGAUGUCUGACAGCGUGUCUCUGCCGUCUUACGCCGAGUAUCCCGCGAGACGUCCCUUCAUCAACACACCCCUGCCCUUCACAAACAGACCCGUGAGAGCCUUUCCUGAGAGCAGCAGUGCAGCCAUUCUUUCAGCGCUGAAGAACCUGCAGGAGAAGAUUCGUCAUCUGGAGCUGGAGCGAUGUGACGCUCGACAGAAGCUCCAGACCGUCUCCAGAGAAUCCACACACUCCCCGGAGAGACCGGCAGAGCGCCACACACACACCGAUCUGAUCUCUCAGCUGACUGCGGCCGAGACUCGAUGCUCGCGGUUGGAGAGACAGUUGGAGCACAUGAAGAAGACCGUAAGAAACACAGAAUCAGACAGAACCGCUGUGCUGCGACAACAGGUGUCUCUGGAGCGUCUGGGUCCUGCGGAUCAGGCUGACGUCCAGCUGACGCUGCAGAAGCUGGAUGUUCUGGAGCAGGAGUAUCACCGACUGACGGAGACUCAGAGCGCCGCGGAGAGGAAGAUCAGACAGCUGGAGAGGAAACUACAGGAAGAGGAACAUCAGAGGAAACUGGUGCAGGACAAAGCAGCGCAGUUACAGACGGGUCUUGAAGCCAAUCGUCUGCUCAUUCAGUCUGUUUCUCCACGUCCUCACAAACCCAGCAGAGUCAAACAGAAGAAAAGCUCAUCAAAGAAACAUCCGUCGCCCCCGCAGCCGCAUUACAGACUCAGUCUGGGAGACGUGCCGUUUGUGACCGGGACGUCGACAGGCUCGAGUCACUCGGUGCGAGCAAACGUCCAGCGCGUCCUUCAUCUCAUGAAGCAGCAUCAUCCUCAGCUGUGUAACGAGCGAGUGCUGGGACACGCUGAGAGCAGUGGCUCCUCCUCUUCCUCUUCCUCCUCCUGCAGUGAAGAGCUGUCGGAGCUGCUGCUGACGCUUCAGGACGAGUUCGGACACAUGAGCUUCGAGCAGCAGGAGUUGUCCAGACAGAUCCAGUCGUGCGCUUCGGAUCGGCUGCGGCAGGAUUUGGAGCGUGAUAUGGAAGCGCUCAUGAAGAGGAUGGAGAAUAAAGGAGAGCAGAUCGCUAAAGUCCGUCGCCAUCAGACUCAGAUGGAGAAGUUGAGGAAACAGUGUGGUAAACAGAGUCCCGGCGAGGUGAAGGUCCCGACCCGCGGAGGCUCAGCGACGGGGAAAGCGAGGCCCGGCGAGCGCAGCAGAGACAGCCUGCGUCUGCUGAAGGACAUGCGCUCGCUGCAGACGUCACUGCGCUCGGAUCAGAUCCGCUGGGAGUUCUGACGGACACGAUCAGAUUUUGGGAAUGACACAAAAACAUGUUCAGGUCAAAGGUCAGCAAAAAAAAAAAAAACGAAAGAUAGAACAUUGCAGUUGGCCUGAAAAUUAUUUUGACAUUAUUUUCAUGACAAUUUUUAGUUCUGUGAUGCUGUAUUUUUACUGUAUGAUAUUAAAGUGUAAAUUAUUUAGUUUUUUUUAUUUAAUCAUUUAAUUAGGCUUGAAGGCAGUACAACAAAUAUUAAAAAUGUAAGAAAUUUAAAAUAUAUUUUUUAAAUUAUACAUAUUUUUUUACAUAAUUUUUAAUGUAAAUAUUUUUUACAUUUUUUUUUUUCAUCACAUAAUUGGCAUAAAUGUGCUAAAUUGUCAUUAAAAUAAUGUCACUGCAGAGAAUCUCAAUAUUCUUAAAGCAGCUCUAACUGUAAUUAUGAAUAGAAUAUAAUGUCUUACUUUAUUCUUGUCCGGGUCACAUGAUCAAUAAAAACAUCACAUGGUUUUGACAGGUUCCAUGAGGUUCACACUUUGAUCUUUUGAGCUUUAUUUGAUCUCAUUUUGUUUGUUUGCUGCUUAGUUUUUCAGAUGUUUGUUUGAUUUGUUUGAAGGUUUUGUACAUGAAUCCUUACAGAAUCAGUGUAAUUACAGCACUCAUCAGUAAUUAAGAUUCAAAUGAAUUAAGAUUCCCUGUGAAACUGUUUUAUUUCAUUUAAUUUCCAUCAGUAUUUUUGUCUUUUAUCACAUGAAAAUGUUCUAUUAUGUGUUAAGAAUGUUUCUGGAGCAGAAUAAAGAACCGACCGAACUGCACAUGCUCAGUAAGAUCUGAAACUGAUGAACUACAGCUGGAUCUACCUCCACUAUUACCCAGAAUUCCUGUGCAGGAUGUUUAAACCUAAAUGGUGACUUGUUUUUCAUGUUUAAAAUGAAUCAUUCCAAGAACCAGUUUUUGUUUGGUCUGGUAACACUUUACAAUACGGUUUCAUCAGUUAAUUACACUAGUUAACAUGAACUAACCGACACUUCCACAGGAUUUACUAAAACAUUUCAAAUGAAAAUAUUGCUUAUUGUUAGUUAAUGCAUUAAAUGAGACCUUACUGUAAAGUGUUACCUUUGGCUUUUAUUACAUCGUUUACAUAUAUUUCUGUUGUAAAAUCAUUUUGUGUGUUUCUCUGUGAUAGACUGAAGGUGAGAUGUGACCAGUUUAACCAAUAUUACACAAAAAAAACCAAAAAAACAAACAUAUAAUGGAUUUUAUUUGAAUUGAGCAGUGAUUUGUUAAAGCUACAGAUGGUUUUACGUGUGUGUGUGUGUGUGUGUGUGUGAUCAUACACUGGUGCUCAGAAUGACUUUAAAAUAUUUGAAAUAUUUAUUUUUACAGCACUGAAUAAAAAUCACAUGAAUGA